UGUGUGACUAUGACCGCUGCUAGUUUUAUUACGGGAUGAUUCCUGUUGUGAGAUUUGGCAACAGUUUUAGCGGGAUCUCUCUUGGUUUUGUACAACAAAAACAUUCCUGUGAAGUAACAAUGUUUGUUCAAAAAAGAGGAGGUCGGACUGAAUCUGUCCAUUUUGACAAGAUUACAUCAAGAAUCCAAAAGCUCUGCUAUGGAUUGCACAAAGAUUUUGUUGAUCCUGCUGCGAUUACCCUCAAGGUCAUCAAUGGACUGUACCAAGGUGUAACAACUGUUGAGCUCGAUAAUUUGGCAGCAGAAACAGCAGCGACUAUGACUACAAAACAUCCGGAUUAUGCGAUCCUGGCCGCGCGAAUCGCUGUUUCUAAUUUACAUAAAGAGAGCAAGAAAGUCUUCAGCGAGGCCAUGUCUGAUUUGUACAAGUGGAUUAAUCCAAAAACUGGAAAACAUUCUCCAAUGAUCUCAGAAGAAGUCUAUAAUAUUAUCAUGAACAAUGCAGAGAGAUUGAAUUCAGCCAUUAUUUACGACAGAGACUAUUCUUACAAUUAUUUUGGAUUUAAGACUCUGGAGAGAUCUUAUCUUUUAAAGAUUGAUGGAAAAGUGGCUGAGCGUCCACAACAGAUGUUGAUGCGAGUCUCUGUUGGAAUACACAAAGAAGAUAUUGAUGCUGCCAUUGAGACCUACAAUCUGCUGUCAGAAAAAUGGUUCACUCAUGCAUCUCCAACUCUUUUUAAUGCUGGCACCAAUAAACCUCAACUGUCCAGCUGUUUUUUGCUGACAAUGGAUUCAGAUAGUAUUGAGGGUAUCUAUGACACUCUGAAAACAUGUGCACUUAUCUCUAAAAGUGCUGGAGGAAUUGGAUUGAAUGUGCACUGCAUCAGAGCCACAGGAAGUUAUAUUGCUGGGACUAAUGGUACAUCAAAUGGUCUCAUUCCAAUGUUGCGUGUCUACAACAACACAGCAAGAUACGUAGACCAAGGUGGGAAUAAGAGACCAGGAGCUUUUGCUAUCUAUUUAGAACCAUGGCAUGCAGAUGUUUUUGAGUUUCUCGACUUAAAGAAAAAUACUGGUAAAGAAGAACAACGAGCCAGGGAUCUUUUCUACGCCCUGUGGAUUCCUGACCUCUUCAUGCGCCGUGUUGAGGAGAAUGCCGACUGGACUUUAAUGUGUCCUAACGAAUGUCCUGGGCUUGCCGAUGUUUGGGGUGAAGAAUUUGAGAAACUUUAUACCAAGUACGAGUCUGAGAAUAAAGGAAGAAAAGUAAUCAAAGCUCAAAAGUUGUGGUAUGCCAUCAUUGAAUCCCAGACAGAGACUGGAACACCAUAUAUGCUGUACAAAGACAGCUGUAACAGGAAAUCCAACCAACAGAACCUUGGAACAAUCAAGUGCAGUAACUUGUGUACGGAAAUUGUAGAGUACAGUUCUCCUGAUGAGGUUGCAGUCUGCAAUUUGGCUUCCCUUGCGCUCAACAUGUAUGUGAAACCAGACAAAACCUUUGACUUUGAACGUCUGCAAUAUGUAACAAAAGUAGCUGUGAGAAACUUGAAUAAAAUCAUUGAAGUCAACUAUUAUCCAGUGCCACAAGCAGAGGUUUCCAACAAGCGACACCGUCCAAUAGGACUUGGUGUUCAGGGUCUAGCAGAUGCUUUCAUCUUGAUGCGUUACCCAUUUGACAGCCCCGAGGCCAAACAGCUGAACAAAGAAAUAUUUGAAACUAUUUACUUUGCAGCUUUGGAUGCUAGUUGUGAGCUUGCUGAGAAGUAUGGCCCCUAUGAAACCUACCCAGGAAGUCCAGUCUCUAAAGGAAUUCUGCAACAUGACAUGUGGAAUGUCAAGCCAUCUACUAAAUUAGACUGGGAUGGACUUCGCAAGCGAAUCGCUCAGUAUGGUGUCAGAAACAGUCUGCUGAUGGCUCCAAUGCCUACGGCCUCAACUGCUCAAAUUCUUGGAAACAACGAGUCCAUAGAGGCUUACACCAGCAAUAUUUAUUCUAGACGUGUUUUGUCGGGAGAGUUCCAGAUUGUCAAUCAUCAUCUGUUGAAAGACCUGACAGACAGAGGCUUGUGGAAUGAGGAUAUAAAAAAUCAGAUCAUAGCUGCUGGAGGUUCAAUCCAGGGUAUUGCAACUAUUCCAGAAGAUCUGAAAGAUUUGUACAAAACUGUCUGGGAGAUUAAACAAAAAGUGGUGCUGGAGAUGGCCGCAGACAGAGGGGCUUUCAUUGAUCAGAGCCAGUCUCUGAACAUACACAUUGCAGAGCCAAACUAUGGAAAACUUUCGAGCAUGCACUUCUAUGCUUGGAGACUUGGCUUAAAGACAGGAAUGUAUUAUCUCCGCACCAAGCCUGCUGCUCAAGCCAUCCAGUUCACGGUCGACAAAACUCGUCUGGCCGAGACAAACAGAGCUGUCAACAGACCGGCUGUGAGCUCAGACAAAAAUGACAAAACCCCAGACCACAACAACAGUGAGGACAGCGCCCAAAUAGAGUCAGAAGACAAAGAGAACAGAAGAAACCAGAAUAUGGCCGUGUUGGCUUGUUCUUUAAAAAACAGAGAAGACUGCCUGAUGUGUGGCUCGUAAUCGCCCAAAACAUUCAGCCAUGAACCUUUUUUUUUUUUUUAAAGUAUUUAUUUGAUACGUUCCUUUUAAUAGGUCCACCUUGUUUUCUUUAUUGUUUGUUUAGUGUGAUAGGUCCACCUUGUUUUUUUUCCAUGUUAGUUUAGUGUGAUAAGUUCCACCCUGUUGUUUUUUUUUUAUGUUAGUUUAGUGUUGUUUUUUUAUUCAUGUAUUUUUUAAUUGUAUAAUUAUUAUAUAUAAUUCUUUGACCAACUUGGUUUAAUGUGGGAGGAGGAUGUGUGUAUUCUAAGUUUAUCUGAUACUCAUAUUUUUUUUUUCCUUCUUUGCUUGUUUGAGCCUAUUGUAUGAAAGUAUUUAGAUUCUUGUCCAAUGACCACAACUUCACCAUUUCUCUGUACAGCUUCAUGAAUAGAAAUGUCAUCGCUUCCAUUACCAUAAGUGUUCAUGUCAUUUACUUUUGAUGAAUACAUUUACCUUGCUAACUAGCA